UAAUCCAAAGCACUUCUAUAUCAAAGUGAAUUUCAAGAACCAUUGGAUCAGUUAUGAUCAUGUGACAUUCAGCGUCACAUAGUUAUCAUUUCAAGAUAUCACUCUUUUAUCAAGUAAAAAUGUAUUAGAGAUAUUUAUUCGUCUUCUGGAACACUUGCAGAACAAGUUGCUUGUAAUCCAAGGUUUAACUGUAUUAGAAUACCGAUUGUACUGCACUGCCCUGUACCAGGUUUAUAUAAACAGGUUAAUUCAAAACAAAUGCCUAUUUGUUGCUCUGAAUAUGACAUUCUAAAGUGGACAUAGUUUGGUAAUACACAUAGUAGAAAUGCAGGAAGAGAUUGAGGAACAAAAUUAUAGAGAGGGUAGACUCAUGAUUUUUUUAUGUCAACACAAAUAUGAAAAUAAUAUUUAUCAUUAAAAGCUGGCAGAGUUGGAUAUUAUCCAUAGUCUAAAGCCAGCUCAUGAGAGUAAGUAAACUGCAAAUACUGUUUUGUUAAUUACCUUUCUAAUGGACAUCAUAGAAAGCCUAGUAUGUAUACAUGUAUCUUUGUAGACUUGAAUAUAUUGUUUCUUAGAAAUUUGUUAUUAAAUUUAGGGGGGAAAUGUAGGGGAAGAAUCCUCCAUGUUCCAUUCCAAGCCACAGCAUUUUUUUCUUGGGAUGGGAAAAUCAGGACAGGGGUCCAGGAUGGGAACACAAAAUACUUCAGGAAUAAUCAUAAUAUCAUUCAGCUGGUAUUUGUGGAGCAUGGACCAUACGCCAGCCCUCUGUAGGUGCCUUACAUACAUUAUGUAUAAUCAUCACAAAAACACUCAAAGUAGGCAGAGAUGAGAACACUGGGGCUCAGAAAAAGGAAUAAUUUGCCCAAGUUCACACAGCUAUUAAGUAGUGCGGCAGGAUGCGAACCCCCAUAUAUAUUUUUUACUUCCAGUUCCAUGCUGUUUUGGGAAGAGGACCUGGAAAAGACUAUUCAAGGUGGAGGGGAAGGCUCAAGGCAGACACAACAGGUCAGGGUUAAAGACCACUUGCAAGAAAGAGUAAGUGUUCUGGGUAAGAACGUAUUCAUUGUCAGUUUGGUACCAGAAGGCGUACCUACCCAGUAUCCCAACCUGAUGCAGCUUAGUUUCUGAUUUCACAAAUACUGAACCCAGCUGGCAACUAUCUGUAUAUUAUCUUCUACAUAACUGUCUUUCUCAUGACGGCCAUGUUUCUGGUUAAACUCCUUGCAUGGUGUUGGUUAAAGACCCUGCAAGAACAGUGAAGGCCCUUAUUUAGGAAGAGAAAGAAUAUGUAAAUGACACAUCCAUAAGUUGACAUAGGAAUUGCUUAGUGCUUUCCUCUAACCUUUACUUUUAGAUUUAACUGUGCCUUCCGGUGACUCUAAUGACAGAGAAGCUGCAAAUGGAUUUGAGUUCAGUUCUUACAAGAAGUUAAUACAUGGCACGGAAAACGUUUUUUCAAUAUAAAAGGUGGAAAGAGCAAAUUAAAGACUAUUCUUUAAUAACCAAAUGUAAUUAAAAUGCAUUGUCAGAUUUACAUUUUAGUACCCCAGAGGCAUUGAUAUUACCUGUUUCUGAAAUGAGAUUGCUGAUGCAGAAAAAAGCCCCAAAAUCUCAAUAUAUAGAAAAUUUUCUUAACCGCCUCUUUUUUUAAUUGUGAUGUUAUGAUAUAAUUUAAAGGGUAAGAUGGAAAUGUAUCUCUUGUGGAACUUAUAAACAUACUUAUGAUUUUGUCACUUAGGGAGUUCAGGCAGAUGGAUUCUUUUUUCCAUAAUCAAGUAUUUAGAAAAGACAAUUUGAAGUUCCUUGGAGUGUUUUCGAUGAUACAAUCCAAGUCUCCCACACCUUUUCUUCUUUUUCAUGUGGAGUGGUUUAGUUGCUUACCUAGGGUGAUUCAAAAGUAAGGCAGUUUGGUUGAUCAUUGGUAUUCUGGUUUCUUCUUUAACAGGGCUGGUCAUGUGGGCAAAGUGGCAGCACUUAGCUAUGUUGAUGUGCCUGUCGAGCUUUGCUGCCCCCUCAAGGAGCUUGAGAAGUUGAGAUGAGGGGCCCAGGAGGUGAUUUGUCAGGGAUACCAGCUGUAGGAUUCAGAACAGCUGGGUUCCUUUCCAGGGGCUGGAGACCCAGAUGCACAAGUGUGAGAGCAAGGGGGCUGUGCAACCCUGGGACACCACAGCUUGAUUCUCUGAUCCAGCUUUUCCCUUCCUUUCCCUGCCCCAUCCCCAAAGCAUCAGGGAGAUAAUAGUGUGAGGUUGGUGACAUGUUGAGGGCUGCAGUGAUCAGCAUAUUCCUUAUUGAGAGGUCUUAACUCUGAAUGCGUCUGUAAGAAAAUUAUAGUGAGGGGAGAAUCAUGAUUCUUUAUGUCAACGAAAAGUGGUCUCAGUCGAAAAAAAGGAAAUGCUAGAGUGAAAGUAGCAAUAACUGGAUUCUGCUGUCUCCCUGUGACCUUGAAAAAGAUAUAUAACCUCACUGCAUGUCUCCUCUGUGGACCUGGGGUAAUACGUGUUUCCAGAAGCUGCAGUGUGGAUGAGAUAACCUACAAGGAGUGUUCUGAACUCCUUAAGGAAUGGUGUCAAGGAGACAAAAUUCAAUGACUAUUACCAGGGCAAAGAUAGUGACGAGAAGACAGAUCUGCAUUUUCUUCCUUAAUAUUCUAAUCUUUCCAGAUGCUUGUGGGUCCUUUUGAGUCCCCGCUCUGUUCCUUAGGUUGGAGUGGUGGCGUGCUCCAUACUUGGUGCAGGAAGAAUGCCUUCUACCCCAUGAGACUGUGUUCAUCAGGAAGGCCUGUGUAGGCACCACACUUUCGGUCACGGGUGAGUGGGACACCCAGAGAGUUGUGCUAGGAGAGCACGGGAUCUACAGGUAGAAGAAGGCAUCUCUCCUCUGCAGGCCAAGGACAGGUAGCCAUGGACUGUGUGCUCCCUCACGGCUUGCCUACUCCCCCUCCACAGAACCCACCGCCUGGGGCCCAGGCUCCUCUGGUCACCCUCCAUGACAAAGGAAAGUGAAUACAAAGAGGCCAGAGUGUACUACCAACUGGAGGCCAGUGACUGGGGACGCCUUUUGGAGCCGUCCGUCCGGCAGUGUGAGCGAAGUUGUUCCUGCUGCAGUCAGCCAUGUCCUUCAGUGCCACCAUUCUCUUCUCCCCUCCUGGUGGCAGCGAGGCCAGAUGCUGCUGCUGCGCCUGUAAGAGCGAGACAAGUGGGGGCAGCACAGGCUCUCAGGGCGGGAACCCUCCUCCCACUACCCCCAUCACAGUGACUGGACAUGGCCUGGCGGUUCAGAGUUCAGAGCAGCUCCUGCACGUUAUCUACCAGCGCGUGGAGAAGGCAGUGGGCCUGGCUGAGGCUGCUUUGGGGCUCGCCAGGGCCAACAACGAAUUGCUAAAGUGUCUCCAGGAGGAGGUGGGUGAGUUGAGGCAGGGGAAAGCCUCCGCCCGUGAGGAAGCUGGGGAUGGCCAGGCCCAGGGGUCCCCACCCGAGGAGCCUGGGCCUCUCAAAGAGAGCCCCGGAGAAGCCUGCAAGGCUGCAUCUGCCGCCGAGGAGGAGUGUGACAGCGUGGGCAGCGGCAUGCAGGUGGUGAUUGAGGAGCUGUGGCAGGUGGGAGCCUCGUCAGCCAUGGGUCCCGGGCCUUUGGGCUUCCCGGCCGCCCAGAGAGACGCUCGGCUUCCCGGAUGCACCCUGUCUGCCAGCGAGGCGGCCCCGAUGCUCAAUCCCCUGGUGGAUGAUUAUGUGGCCUCUGAGGGUGCAGUACAGCGGGUGCUGGUCCCUGCUUAUGCCAAGCAGCUUUCACCAGCCACACAACUGGCUAUCCAGCGGGCAACCUCAGAGACAGGGCCAGAAAAUGGAACCAAGCUGCCACCGCCCCGCCCCGAGGACAUGCUCAGUGCUGCAGCUGUGCUGGACGGUGCCUUGGAAGAGUCAGGCCCUGGGGGAACAGGGGAGCUGAGACACUCUCUAGGGUUUACUGCUUCCCCGUGCAGGACCAGAGGGAGUGGGCAGAAGAACUCCAGGCGCAAGCGGGAUCUGGUACUCUCCAAAUUGGUCCACAAUGUGCAUAACCACAUCACCAACGACAAGAGAUUCAAUGGGUCUGAAAGCAUCAAGUCCUCCUGGAAUAUUUCAGUAGUGAAGUUCCUUCUGGAAAAGCUCAAGCAGGAGCUGGUGACCAGUCCCCACAAUUACACUGAUAAGGAGCUGAAAGGAGCCUGUGUAGCCUACUUCCUUACUAAGAGGCGUGAGUACCGCAACUCCCUGAACCCCUUUAAAGGCCUGAAGGAAAAAGAGGAGAAGAAGCUUCGAAGUCGCAGAUACCGGCUUUUUGCCAACCGAUCAAGCAUUAUGAGGCAUUUUGGACCUGAGGACCAACGUCUGUGGAAGGAUGUGACAGAAGAGCUGAUGUCAGAUGAAGAGGACAGUCUUAAUGAGCCAGGUGUCUGGGUGGCCCGGCCUCCCCGUUUCCGGGCCCAGCGCCUCACAGAGCUCUGCUACCACCUGGAUGCCAACUCUAAGCAUGGCACGAAAGCCAACCGUGUGUAUGGACCUCCCUCAGACCGAUUGCCUUCUGCUGAGGCCCAGCUCCUUCCACCAGAACUUUAUAAUCCUAAUUUCCAAGAAGAGGAUGAAGGAGGUGAUGAGAAUGGACCUGGCUCCCCAUCUUUUGACCAACCCCACAAAACCUGUUGUCCCGACUUGAACUCCUUCAUUGAAAUCAAAGUGGAAAAGGAUGAAUGAAAUCUAUAACUCGGAAUAACUCUGGCUUCUGCCACUCCCCAUGUCCCAGAAAUGGAUGGCCAUGGGGCUUCCCAGAAUAACAAGAUGUCCUCUGCAGUCUGAGAAAGCAAAUCUGUCUCUCUUCUUAACACAGUCCCCAAUGGAAGUGGAAGCUGGCAGCUGUGCUGGGAUAAAAAGACUUAUCUAGAAGGGGGAAAACCACCCCCCACUGUGAAUGGCAAGCCAGAAAAUGCUUAUUUCUAAGCAUAAAUAGUGCCUCUGGGAACCUGAGCUGAAAAAAGGAGGAGGAUGGGUCUAAGAAACAGGAGGCCUUCUUGACAUAUGCCCCAGUCUCUAAGUUGUUGGGUUUUUUUGUUCUUUUUUUUUCCCCCCCUGGUUUCACUCAAAGCUCUGGGGAAGCAGCCCUGGUCGUACCUUCUGCUUCCCCAUGACUUGCUGGUCUGGCUCUGCAGUGGAAGUCUCACAGAAGCAGUCCAGGAUAAUACUGCCACCUGGUGGGCAGUCUCAGCCAUGGGCCUGAGUCUUCUGAGCAGAACGCGGCUCUAUCUCUGGGAAUUGGGAUACAGAUAUAAUAGCUAUUGUUUAUUGAAUUAUGUAAGGCAGAUUUUAUUAUUCCCAUCUUACACAUGAAGAAAUUAAAGCUUAAAGAGUUC